AUGGCAUCUCUGGUGUGGUUGAUCACAGGGUGCUCCUCUGGGUUUGGGGAACAAUUCGUUCUUCAAACGCUGGCUCGCGGCGAUAAGGUCAUCGCUACCGGCCGCAAUGCAUCCACAAAACUCGCACACUUGCAGGGCACUGGUGCUACGAUUCUUGAUCUCGACGUAACAAUGCCAGAGGCCGAGAUUGCUGCCAAAAUUAAGGAGGCUCACCAGGUCUUUGGGAGGAUUGAUAUGCUUGUGAACAACGCUGGAUACCUUGAGAGCGGCGCCGUGGAAGAAUUGUCGCUAGACAGAGUACAGCGGAGUUUUGAGACAAAUUACUUCGGCCCGCUCAAAGUUACCCGAGGCGUUCUUCCUUUCAUGCGAGAACAAAAGUUUGGCACAGUGGCUUUCGUUGGAUCCGUAGGCGGUUGGGGUGCUGUGCCUAAUUCGUCCGCCUAUGCGGCUUGUAAAUAUGCGUUGGAGGGCCUCACAGAAGCAUUGCAGAGCGAAUUUGCUGCCCUGUUCAGUCGUGACAUACAAUUUAUUGUCUUCGAGCCUGGCUACUUCCGUACUGAGAUAUUCUCGUCCACAAAUGUUGUCCACCUUCCAUCAAACAUACCCGAAUACCAAGCUUUUAAUAAUGCUACAGUCCAACGACAAAAAGGUAUAUACCACAAUGAGAAGGGCGAUCCGGCCAAGGGCGUGGCUAGGAUGAUCGAUACUCUGACCGGUUCCGGCAUGGCAGAAGGAAAGAAGCUUCCACCGCGGCUACCCCUAGGUUCGGAUAGCCUUCAGGUUGUACGGGCGAAGUGUCAGGCUACUUUGAAGCUUUGUGACGAGUGGGAAGACUUGAUAGUGAGCACUGAUAUUCCAGCGGAAGCGGACAGACAGGCAGAGGCACAUCUUUAG